AUGAGUCGUCUUCAAAGUGUUUUCACUCCAUCUCUGCUACAGCCUCCCCCUCGCCCACUCGUUUCUUCCCUCUUGAAUUCAUGGGCAGUGGAGGAGGAGGAGAUGUGGGAGAAGGCCGAGUCAUGGGGGUUUCAGACGCCAGGAGAAUACAACAGAGACGUGCUCCGAGCGGCUUUGGCACAGCCAUCUGCAUCUCUCCGUUUCACAUGGGGACGGAGCACCAAGAGAGCCCGGGCCUCUCAAGAGCAGCCUCCCACGUGGCAGCUCGCGUGGGCAGUGCAGCGGUCAGACCUGGAGAUGAGGGCGAGUGUGCAGCUGAGGGCAGUGGAGGGCGAGGAGCAGCAGCGGGCAGCGGUGGGACGGAUACUCGAUGAAGCCAUGAGAGGGGCGGCUGUUGCACAGACAGAGCAGCAGCGCAGCAGGGAGGCGUGUGGGAGGAUGCAGAGGGAGGCAGAGCGGUGCUUGCAGCAGAGUGAGCGGUUCAGAGAGGAGAAGAGCCGACUGGAGGACGAGCUGCUGGGGAAGUUCCUGCUAGUCCUCAACGCGAAGAAGGCAAGAAUACGAGAGCUUGAGGCUUCUCUACAGGUGGUCGGAGGUGCCGGGGCAGGAGGUGGAGGAGGUAAGGGAGGAGGCGGAGGCGCAAAGGCGGGGAGCGGCGGUGCAGGGCGAGUGGGGAAGGGGCGAUGA